CGACUAACCCAAGAACAGUUAGGAAAAAAGAUCCAUCCAAUGAGCGUUGGGCGGAGGCGGGCUCUGACGUACAGGUGCGUGGACAGGCCAGGGAUGUGUCUCCUGCUGGGGGCUGCGGGGGUCGGGAAGACCCUGCUGGUGAAGCGCCUGCAGAAGCUGAGCUCGAGAGAUGGCAAGGGCGACCUGGGAGAGGCCCCGCCGACGCGCCCCACGGUGGGUACCAACCUCACUGACAUCGUGGCCCACAGGAAGAUCACCAUCCGAGAGCUCGGGGGGUGCGUGAGCCCCAUCUGGCCCAGCUACUAUGGAAACUGCCAUUCGCUUCUGUUUGUGAUGGAUGCCUCCAACCCCACCCAGCUCUCUGCAUCCUGCAUGCAGCUCUUGGGUCUCCUUUCUGCACAAGAACUUGCAGAAGCCUCAGUCCUGAUACUCUUCAAUAAAAUUGACCUACCCUGUUACAUGACCGUGGAGGAAAUAAAGUCGCUAAUGAGGCUCCCAGACAUCAUCGCUUGUGCCAAGCAGAACAUCACCACAGUAGAAAUAAGUGCCAGGGACGGCACUGGAUUGGCAACAGUAUUGCUCUGGCUCCAGGAUCAACACAGAUGCAGCAGCUGACUGCAAGAUGGAGAAGUAUGGCUGACCCACCCGCACCUAGGAGACAGGGAAUGGCUUGGUAGCCUCUGAAGGUCUGUUUUGACAGGGCAGACCACCCUGUGUGUCCCCAAGUGAUAGGGAUCUCUGCAGUGAUGGUGGACAAGACUGAGGGGACAGGCUGCAGGUGGCUGAUGCUGUCUGCCAUCUAGAGGACCACGGCUGAAACUCACACAAGGACCCGGACCUGUCUGAGGGCUUGACACCACACAGCUACACUGAGCCCACAUCCUUUUUGUAGUACAAGCCUUGCCUUUCUGAGUUCCUGUUAUCCUGACCAUGUUCCCAGAAAAAUACAAAGUUAAGGAAGACAA